GCAAUCAUCUUGAAAGCAUAAAAUCAUCUUUAAAGUAUAAUUUAGUCAUGGUUGAAUUUUUCCAAACGCCAGGGCUUCUUGUUUCCGAUGAAUAGGUUUCGGAUUUUAUGUUGAAGGGACUCCUGACUGUAACCUCGGUUACUACGAUACUUUUGACUUCUGAUUAUUUCGAAAGAUAAAGAAAAAAGGGCUUUGUUGAUCGUUUCAGAGAUCUUAAAUUUUGCAUCUAUGGAAUGAAUUGAAAAAGGACUAGCUGUUGAAAUAUGGUAUAAAAGAGCUCUCUUUGAUGGCAGAAGAAGAGCACCAGCAAGCUGCGGUUGAAGAUCCAGAGGUAGGCGAGGACAAUGCUCAAGAUGAAAUUGACAGUGGAACGCUUAGUCUUGAGUUGGUGCAGCCUGCAGAUCGCUUCAAUGUUGUGUACAUAUGCCUUGUGGUAGUUGGAUCUGGAUACUUGAUGCCAUAUAACAGCUUUGUUACAUGUGUGGACUACUGGCACGGAGAGUUUCCAGACUAUCCGGUUGAGUUUCUGAUCUCAUUUGUGUAUAUUAUAGUCUCGUUUUUCUCAGUUUUACUGACUAAUUUACUCGUCAAGGUAAUUUCGACGCACACGAGGAUUGUAAUCGGAUAUGUUCUGUCACUUGGACCUCUGAUUUAUGUAUCAGUAGUGCAUCUAUGGUGGAAUGCUUUCUCUAAUAAAGCGGUUUCGCUGGCUAGCUUGGUCAUUGCGUGCGCAGUGUCAGGAAUUGGCUGUUCGAUCCAGCAAAGCAGCUUCUAUGGUUACAGUGGAAUGUUGCCGCCGCGAUAUGUUCAGGCAGUAAUGGUUGGCGAAAGUCUGUCGGGAGUCUUAGUAAGCUUAAACAGAAUCGUGACGAAAUUUUACGGACCUGAUCUUGAGAUGAACACGUUGAUAUUUUUUGUGCUGUCAUGCCUUCUUUUGAUUUUCUGCUCGUUUUUGCACCAGUACGUCAAACGUACAAGUUUCAGUCGUUUCUAUACUGGAGAUGUUUCGUGCAGGUACCACUCGAGUAGAAAAGGAAGAACUGAUAGUAACGAUACAGUCAAUUCGAGGCACGAGGCAGAACUUAAUUCCAAUGACAGUUCGGAUUCGAAGACCGAAUCGCAAGUUGUUCGACGAGUAAUUGAAGGAACAGUGCCCAGUGCUUCCAUGGGAUUCGGGGCUCUUUCGAAUGACGUGGAGCAAUUGAUAGAGGAGGAGGUUAAAUCGCGAGGAAAUUUUUGCCCAAAUUUUAAAAAGGGGUUUCAAAAGAGAAUGGACAUAAUUCGCUACAAAGAGCUUUGGGUGCAUAUGUGUGCGAUAAGUAGUGCCUAUUUAUGCACGCUGUUACUUUUCCCUGGAUUCGAAACGGAAGUGAAGGCAACAGGAGACGACCUGGAAUAUCUGCAACACGAAGGGGUUGAUGUUUCUUGGAUUCCAGUUAGCAUGGUCACGUGUUUCAAUUGCUUCGACUUGCUUGGAAAAAUCCUUUCAGGUUGCAUCGACCCACGACGUGCGAAUCCAAGGUUAAUUUUACACGGCAGCUUAGUGAGGUUUCUAAUUGUACCGCUUUUCUUACUAUGUGUUUACCCGCAAGAGGAUCCGUUUUUCAAUAACGUAAAACUACCGCUGGCAUUGACAGUAAUACUAGGGUUCACUAAUGGCUAUUACGGCUCAGCACCCAUGAUUAUGGCUCCGCAAACUGUGUCCACGGCAUCUGACCGAGAGAUUGUGGGAAAUAUUAUGACGUUUUCAUACUUCGUCGGACUUGUUCUAGGAGCAUCGGGGGCAUUCAUCCUGAAAUAUUUCAUACCCAAAAUUUAGUUAGUAGUUGAGUUUGCAUGACUGAGAAAUUGAGCUUGUAGAUUUGUUUUAGAUUUUUGCGAAUAGAUAAUUGCAUAAUAUUAGAAUGUAAAUGGCUGCGUAGACGAGUUUUUGUAAAGCUUGUAAAUAGACUUAUAGAUAUUACUUUCUAUCCUUUCCA